AUGUCCGGAUACGACCGAGCUCUUUCAGUCUUCAGCCCUGAUGGGCACGUCUUCCAGGUCGAAUAUGCCAUGGAAGCUGUCAAGAGAGGAACCUGCGCCGUUGGUGUAAAAGGCAAAGACAUCGUCGUUCUCGGCUGCGAGAAACGCUCCGCGCUCAAACUCCAAGAUACCCGCAUUACACCAUCGAAGAUCGCCGUCCUGGACAACCAUGCCAUCCUCGCCUUCGCCGGCCUGAACGCCGACGCUCGCAUCCUUAUUGAUAAGGCCCGGUUAGAAGCUCAGUCGCACCGCCUGACCGUCGAAGACCCCGUCACCAUCGAAUACAUCACCAAAUACAUUGCCAGUGUGCAGCAGCGGUACACACAGAGCGGAGGUGUACGGCCCUUUGGCAUUAGUACUCUGGUUGUUGGGUUCGAUCCAAAUGAUAAGACGCCGAGACUGUACCAGACUGAGCCGUCGGGUAUCUAUUCUGCUUGGAAAGCGAAUGCCAUUGGCCGCUCCAGCAAGACUGUCCGCGAGUUCCUCGAGCGCAACCACGAGGAUGAUAUGGAUCGGGAGCAGACGAUUCAGCUUACAAUCAAGUCGCUUCUAGAGGUUGUGCAGACCGGUGCCAAGAACAUUGAAGUCGCUAUCAUGUCACCCGGCCAGACGAUUGAGAUGCUGCCCGAUGACCAAAUCGAGUCUUACGUUAAGAACAUUGAAACGGAGAAGCAGGAGGAGGCCGCGAAGAAGAAGACGGGUCGCACCGGCACAACAACGGCGGCGAUCCUCACACGGUCCGGCGGGGAGGCAAGUGAAGGCCAGUAG